AACGUAUAUUAAUGUAUUACCAUUAAUAAUAAGAGACUUUCCCUUGGUAUCAAAUGUAAUGUCACUCACACGGUCAACGUUGUUGUCGUUAUAUUUGUAAUUGUUAACUGUAAUUGUGAACGGACUUUUAAUUGCUACUGUAAUGAUAUUAAAGUACAAUUAAAUUAUAAGGUAGACAGAGAACGAUAAAGAGAAAGAGAGAGAGAGAAUGAGAGACACAGAGAUGAUUGAAAAUUUACUUUAACUACAGGUGUAUUUACUUUAAAUACACAGGUAACAAUGAAAUUAAAUGUUAAUUUGAUACAACCCCCCUGUAGGUACAUUUUUACUAGUGUUAAAUAUAAUAGAUAUCUCAGUGAUAUCACUAAUCAUUUGAAACAUUUUAAAAUGGUUCGUUGUAGUUGUUGUUUUCAUUGACUUGAAAUUAGUUAAUUUGUGAUGAAGAGGAAAAAAAUUACUAUCAACGUAGCAAAGUUUUCAAUAUUGUUUACUAUGUUUUAAUCUUGUCCAUUGUUUUUUAACUGUUACCUUAACUAUAUUUCUAAUUAGAAGUGAUCAGUGUCACCAAUAAGUUAAUUGUGUAUCUCCUUUUUUGAGCUAUCAUUUGGAAUCAUCAUCAGCAGCAUUUGUUUAUAUUGUUUAAAUCUAAAUAGUUUCAACCAGAAAUGGAAAAUGUUUACACGGAAUAUAUUAUCGACGAAACAAUUGUGACCAAUGAUCCUAAUCAGUCACAGGUAAAUGUUAUUAAUCCAUUAUUAUCUACUCAAGUAACAAAUAGGAAUUUAAAUAGGGAUGUUGGUGAUGGAGAUAAAGACGGUGCUGGGGAUGGUGAUUUAAAUAUUUGUAUUGAAGAUGAAAGAAGGUCCAACCUUGUGGAUUAUGUUUAUGAAGAUAAAUUGUCCCCAAGAACAAGGAUAAGACCAAAUGAGAGAGCGGUAAUAAGAUCAACUGCUAACGUAAAUGAUUAUUUAUCUUCACCUAAUUAUCAACCAAUCUCACCGGUGGAAUCACCAUUGGGCCUCGCAGUGGCAAGUGCUUUAGAUGAUUCUUAUUUUCCCGUAUCAGAGGAAUCAAUUGAAGUGGAAAAUAAAAGACCAGAAGAUUAUUAUGAUGAUACUAGUCAAUCUCAACAAUCACCAACCGGUGACCCAUUUAGACCUGAGUGUCAAAUACCUUUACCAGGUACGAUGGAUCAAUACCCGUUUAUGGAUAAUCGAACUUUUGUCCGACGUCGAAAUGAACGUGAACGUACAAGAGUUCGUAAUGUCAACGAAGGAUUUGAAAGGUUAAGACAACAUUUACCUACACCUAAAAGUUGUAAAGAUAAAAGAUUAUCAAAAGUAGAAACACUGAGAGAAGCAAUUAACUACAUUAAACAUCUUCAAAAUCUUUUGAAAUCAGAUUCAAACAAAUAGAAAAGAUUAAAAUGGAAGUGAGAGAGAGAGAGAAAAAAAAAUCAUGAUGAUGACGAUAAUAAUGAUAAACUAAUAAGCUAAUCAGUAGAUUAACAAUAAACAACAUUUAAUUGCAAUCAACCUAUUUUUUUAAAUCUCCUUUUCUGUUUGAUUGUAUUUCCUUUUCAUAAGAUAAAAUUUUAUAUAUUUGAGUAACUGAAUUGAAUUUCUUUCAGCUAAUUCGCAUGAAAAACAGAUUGAUUUGUUUCGACUAACAAAUUAAAGAUAUCAAUUUAUCUCAAUGUGUUCCAAUUGUUUUGAUUGUUAUGUUUUUUUUUCUUAUAUCACAAUUUGAUUUUGUAUGAUACAGUUUAUAUCAUUUGAAUCAAUGAUUAACUAAUAACAUUACAUAUAAAAACAACGACAACAAUCAUGCUGACAAUGAGUUAACCUUGUUAAGUAAAGAAAAAAAAGAAUCGGAUUAACAUAACUAAAUAAAGUUGAACAUUUAUCAUGAGAAUUGUGAACUCAAUUAAUAGCAAUUAAUGACAAUACACUUAGAGAUGUUUCUACUAUUACUACUGUAUCUUGACUUUGGCAACAAUUUGGAAAAGUAAAAAAAAGAACCAUUAAGAGAUAAUUAAGGAUCAAUUGAUCAAUUUACACCUUUGCAGAUACACAAAUAAAUAUAAGGAGUAAUAAUACUGAUGAUGAUAACUGCCGAUAAUGAUUUUGAUUGAAGUAGAGUAACUGAACCUUUCAAAUUGUUAUUUUUUUCUUUGGUUGCAAACUAAGUUCUUUAUGUUUUUCUUGUGUUAAUUGUGAGCAUCAUCUGAGUGUUGUUGCUUCAUUUAGUGUAUGGUAGGUGGUAGAUAUAAGGAUAAUCAUAUAAUAGUAACAUGUAAUCUAAGGGAAAAAUCCAUAAAGAGAAGCAAAUAAUUUAAGGAAGAAAGAGAAAGAGAGAGAGAGAAAAGUCAUCAUCAUCGCCAGUAAACCAGAUAACGAUAUAGUUAAAUUGAUUAUACACAUGAAGCAGAAUAAAUGUGAGAUAUAACAACCUGAAUAUUAUACCAGUAGAAGAGGGAGCAUAAGAUGAAGAGCAAGAAGCAGAAUCAAAAUGGCGAAGAUGCAAUAAGCAAGACAAUCAAGUUAACGAUAUUGUAAAAGUAAUGCAUUUAAUAGCAAGAGUAAUAUCUUAGUGAAAGGCAAUAUAAAGGGCGAAACUGAUUCACGCGUUAAGUUUAAAAAAAAUCAAAGAAGAUGAGGAAGAAGAAUUAAGGAAGGAAAGAAAGAUAGAGAGAGAGAGAGAGGCCUAAAAAGAUGACAAGAAAGUAAAGUACGAGAAGAAGAGAGGGAGAAGGAGGCGAAAUGAGGGACGUAACAAAAUUUACAAGAUGAUAAAAAAGAGAAAGAGAAAUAACCUCUGAUGAAGACAAAUGAUUUAAAAACCGAUAUAAUCAUCAUAUUAUACUAUUGUUACCACAGGAAAAUGAAAUUAGUAUUAAUAGUUUUUAAUACUGUAAACGGAAAUCUUUUUUAUUGUGAAAAAAAUUAUCUUCAUAUGAUUAUAAUCACUAUUUAUAUAAUCAUCAUUAAAGAUAUUAAAUAAGCUAAAUUGUGACAGGGAAAAUAAAGUCAAGAGAGUGAGAGAGCCACACACAGAAAAAAGUUUGUGUGUCCUCUUUUCAAGUGACUUGGCCACUUGAUAAUCAUUUGUAAACUAAUGGUUUUAAAUGAUGAAACAAUUUAAUGCAUCUUCCUUUGGUCUUCAUGGGAAAAGAAAGAGAGAGAGAGAGAUGAUGAUUAUGAUGAUAGAGAAAGAGUAAGAUGAGAAUUAGAAGCCCCAUAGAGAGUAGAAAAAAGGAAGAGAGAAAAAGCUAGAGAAGAAUGAGGAAAGGCUAAUAAAAGGUUGAUGAUGUUACUUUAAAAGAGGAAAGUUAUGAUGGUCAGAAAGAGAGAAAAAAAGAGAGAGAGAAGGAGACUUUCUAGAGUUUUUUAAAUCUUCUUUUGGACAUAAAAUCGCAGCACACCCAUAGUGAGAGUAUAAACCUAGGAAUGAGACUUUUGACCCAGCAUCCUUUGCAUAUUUAUCAUCAUUUCAGCAUCAUCCUCAUCCCAAUCUCCAUCAACACUGAAUGUCAAUAAUUUGCUUUGAGUUAACAUAUGGCUUCAAUCUGACUAACGUUAUCGUUAUUUGAGGUUAGAGGUUUUAUAAUUGUCGGUCAACAAACACACUGACCGAUGGAAAGGAUGAAGAGAAGGAAGAUGGAAGAUGACGAAGAUGGUGUUUGCAAAAUGCAAACAUCCAAUGAAAGAGAGAGAGAGAGAGAGAGAGAGAGAGAAAUAAAAGCAAAUAGAGCAAGAAGGUAAAAAAGCGUAAAAGUAAACUGAGUACGACAAUAAGGAGUGUAAGUAGAAGGAGGAAAGAUGAUGCGAGAGAGAAGGAAAGAAAAGACAAAACAAAAAAUGGAACUAAAAACAGAUUAGUAGCG